AACUGAUUGUAUGCAUAUGUUGACGGAAGAUCAGCCAUGGACUUGGGAGUCGGCCUCUAGCAUCUCUGCCUCUCGCCAUCAUGUUGCGGUCGAUGAAUUCCCCUCCCGACCCUCAUGAAGACCAUCUUCGCCAUCUUCUCGACCAACGCGCCACUCGCGCUGACCUUCAUUCUCGCGUUCCUUCUCUUUCCGAGUUUUCAGACACCCCUUCAAUAUACAGCCAUCCUUUUUUCUCUCCUCAACCACCUCAUAGAGAGGCAGAUACAAGCAGUCUGGCGUCCCAGUCGCUAUCCCGCUCAUCGCCCAGGUCAGGCAGGGAGCGGAAUCGCCUCAACGAACUCGCAGUCAGCAUGCUUGACCUCGACGAGGAUCCCCGCUCGUCCUUUGCCUCUUCCUCUGUAUAUAACGAUGAAGACCAGAACGAUUACAAUGAAAAUGACGAGGAUGACGAGCCUAUGCCUCGUAUGAGCCUUCUUGGUCCAAAGAUGCGCUUUCAUUCCAAGGCGCCAUGGGAGUUGGAUGAGGGACCGGUGAUGGAGGACGAGGUAGGGUCGGAUAAAUGUCCGGACCAGCUGAAGAGCACCUUUAGCCCUGUUCAGCCUCUCGAUACCAGGAAACCGAGUUUCGAAUCCAGACGAUCUCAAGGCAAAAGCUCCUUCGAGUCGGCGUCGUCCCAAAUGUCCUAUUCCCGGGGACCCCUCCAUGCUCUAACUCACUCCAGUACGUCCUCUGGUUCGUUGGCUUCACCAAGAAGUGGACCGCGGAGCCCCUUUUCCAUAUCGCGUGUGCGAUCUCACUCACCCUCUCUUGCGCAACCGCCACUCCUUUUACCGACCUCUUCAUGUUCCCCCCCAGAAUCUUAUAUUUCAUCAAUGCAUGACGUCGGUCAGCUUGAUACGAACUCAUCCCGCGUUCGCUCUAGACCUUCGUACUCCUCAAACGAAGAUGACGCCCAUCCUUAUUCUAAUCCUAAUCAUGCUAGAUCAGCCUCAGAACAAUCAUACGACACGUCGGAAGUUCUGCCCCACCUCGCCUUUCCUGCUGUCCCACGCAGCGACUCAUCUGCGACAGUGACAGAAGUUCAGUAUGGAAAGGUUUUGUGCCGCCCUGACACACCUCAGCCAGAAACGCCAGUCCUGCCAGCUCUUCAUAGUCCUCGCUCUACCAUUCAAAGAAAAGAAAUCUCCUCUCCCAUUUCUGUGCAAAGCAUGACGAUACGUCCUGGUGACAUUUCUCUCCCAAGCGAUCCCUCCAAUCUCCUUGGAUGGACCGAUAGGGGAGCACCCCCUGCUUUUGGGUUAAUCUCUCUGGAGGAGGCCAGAGCACAGAGAGCACGGACCAUUGCAGCACAGGCUGCUGCUUCCACUCCCAGUUCGACAGAUCCUGCCUUUCAUUUUCCAACAAAGGAGAACGUCAAUGAUCAUAGCCCCACUAGCAGCGUUACUGCCAGGGCAAGAGCUCGGUCCGUCAGCGCCGGUACCCGAGCUAAACAAGCCUUCAGCAACAUAGUCAGUGGAACCCCUGUUAAGGUUGAACGUCGUGAUUCGGAGCCGGCUGUUGUUCUACAUUCCACAAAUUCUUCUGGCUCUUCCCCGGGAGGAAAGGGUUUGAAGCACAAGAAGAGUGGUUUCAUGAGACUUUUCAAUGGCGGCAAGGAUGAUAAAUCGCCGCCUCCGCCUGUGCCUUCCCUAUCUGACGGCUACGCCGCUUUUAAUGCCCAACAAUCGACUCAGAAGUCUGUCAAAGUCCCCAUACACCGCAUUCCUGUGCCGACCCUCUCCUCUAGUCUCACAGACUUUACCAAAUCCUCUUCUAGCGUCAAACGCACACAUCCCCCGUUAUCUAUCAAAACCUCCUCACCAGCAGCUAUCAGUCGUCCAACGCCCUCAUCAGCAGCAGGUCCGCAUUUCCCCCUAAAACUCGGUAUUCCUAACGAGUCGCCGCAGAGUGCGCCUGCUAAUGUCACUGAGUUCCCUGCACUGAAGCUCAGGCCCAUAUCUACCAUGUUCAGCGCUCAAUUCGGUGAUCACUUGAUACCAAGCAGCUCGCUAACGUCUCCUGAUGCAGACACGCCUAGCUCUGCCAGCCCGAGCACGGCCGUAUCACCAACCACUCCUGUAUCUUUUUCUCGGCUGAGUGACAAACCCGUUGUCAUGGACGCGGGCGAUGACCAGUCCUCUGUUAUCCGUGCUUUACAGGAUCAGAUUGUAUCUGCGAAGAAGGCUUGGCAGCGGCACAUAUGGGAGCUUGAAGGCCAGAUUAAAGACCUGAAAGAGGAGGUCGAAUCACAUCACACUAAUGAUAAUGAUGAAUAUUGUUCUUCUUGCGGGCGGGGUCGCCGCCGACGUGCUGAUGAGUCGCACCCCACUGACGGAGAAUCCAAAAGUGUCAGCAUCAACAGAUCUAGAGACCGGACCGGCAGAGGCACUUCGCGUUUUGGGAGGGCUGUGUAAAUUUUUCAACUGCGCGGCGUGCGGCACUUACAAAUUGUACAACACUUCCAUUCAUUUGUCGCUCGUUUUGUGGAAUCUUCAACAAUAUUUUAUCAUUU